AUGAGUUCAAGAGUGUGUAAGAACUGUGGGGGCACGGACAUCGAUGUGGACCAGGCCAGGGGCGAUGCCGUGUGCGUGGGCUGUGGCUCGGUCCUGGAGGACAACAUUAUCGUAUCCGAGGUCCAGUUCAUGGAGACAGGAGGGGGCGGCUCCUCUGCUGUGGGACAGUUUGUAGCUGGAGAUGGUAGGUGCAGAUGCACUGUAGUUCGGUUAUAAUGACAAGAGCUACGUUAUUCUAAGAGAGACGUAGCCCAUUCGUAGAUGGUAACUACCUUUAGCGCCUAUUGAUGAAGGUAUUUUAUUUUGUUAAGAGCCCCGACGCUUGCUCUAAACGUUAACACGCAUCGCUCGCGGUACGUUUUCAAAUCAAAUCAAAAUUUGGAAACAUAUGGAACGUAUCUUUCAUAUCGGCGCAAAAUAAUUACUUCAUACCUCCAUGGCCAUAUCUCCAUGUUACAGCGCUUGUUUACGGAAAACAGGCAGUUACCACCUGUGCUAAUGCUCUGAACACCUGUGUGUUAGCUUAACUCUGGGGGAAGUGUAGUUCGUCAAUUGGAGGCACACAUAGUGUAUGGAUCUGUGCAAAUCAGAUACAGUAAGCAUAUAUUUUUGAUUUAAAAUAUUAUUUCUCGCAGAUAUGAAAGAUAAGGGCCAUAUGUUUCGAAAAGCGUUUAGCAAGCGAUUAUUUAAGUUUCUAAAUGUUGAAACACAUCGUUGGAAUUGUAGUUAACACAGAGCCAGCCGUGGGCGAAGCUAACCGCUGAAAGGGUUUUCGAGAGCUAAGAGACAUUGCUUAUAAGAAGUAUAACAAACUUUUAUAUCCCUUUAUUCCUGCACAUUUUCAUGACAUAAUUAAGUUAGUCACUUUGAUUCCAGAAUGGUAUAUUUGCAGAGUGCAUGGCCCUGGUUAGCCUUUUCAGUAGCGGUGCGUGGGUAAUAUCACUGAGGAAGCCAAGCCAGUAAGAAAGCCAUAUUACAACCUAUGUUGUGAUAUUUGCAUUGUUUGUGCUAUAACCGAUUAGUUCAUACACCACGUGAUAUACAAUAAGGCCGUGACAACAAAAAGACAAUAGUCACAUAGUGGUGGAAUACAUUUGUUUGUUUCCUCACAAGACCGAAGAGCAACAUCUGUCCAGUGAAGUCCACAAAGCAAAUAUUGCAUGUAACAAACAGUUAUAUGACCUGCAGCAUGUUCAAGCAAGUUAAUGUUUUUGACAGUUUACUAAACAACUACUGAUUUAGAACCGCUGAGUUGGCUACUGCAAGUCAGCACAAAGACAACAGGAGCACUGCCUCCGCUAUUCCAGCACCAUUUCAACUUAAACAUUUAAACAUCAUCAAAUCAACAAGGCUAUAUAUACACUGCUCAAAAAAAUAAAGGGAACACUUAAACAACACAAUGUAACUCCAAGUCAAUCACACUUCUGUGAAAUCAAACUGUCCACUUAGGAAGCAACACUGAUUGACAAUACAUUUCACAUGCUGUUGUGCAAAUGGAAUAGACAACAGGUGGAAAUUAUAGGCAAUUAGCAAGACACCCCCAAUAAAGGACUGGUUUUGCAGGUGGUGACCACAGACCACUUCUCAGUUCCUAUGCUUCCUGGCUGAUGUUUUGGUCACUUUUGAAUGCUGGCGGUGCUUUCACUCUAGUGGUAGCAUGAGACAGAGUCUACAACCCACACAAGUGGCUCAGGUAGUGCAGCUCAUCCAGGAUGGCACAUCAAUGCGAGCUGUGGCAAGAAGGUUUGCUGUGUCUGUCAGCGUAGUGUCCAGAGCAUGGAGGCGCUACCAGGAGACAGGCCAGUACAUCAGGAGACGUGGAGGAGGCCGUAGGAGGGCAACAACCCAGCAGCAGGACUGCUACCUCCGCCUUUGUGCAAGGAGGAGCAGGAGGAGCACUGCCAGAGCCCUGCAAAAUGACCUCCAGCAGGCCACAAAUGUGCAUGUGUCUGCUCAAACGGUCAGAAACAGACUCCAUGAGGGUGGUAUGAGGGCCCGACGUCCACAGGUGGGGGUUGUGCUUACAGCCCAACACCGUGCAGGAUGUUUGGCAUUUGCCAGAGAACACCAAGAUUGGCAAAUUCGCCACUGGCGCCCUGUGCUCUUCACAGAUGAAAGCAGGUUCACACUGAGCACAUGUGACCGACGUGACAGAGUCUGGAGACGCCGUGGAGAACGUUCUGCUGCCUGCAACAUCCUCCAGCAUGACCGGUUUGGCGGUGGGUCAGUCAUGGUGUGGGGUGGCAUUUCUUUGGGAGGCCGCACAGCCCUCCAUGUGCUCGCCAGAGGUAGCCUGACUGCCAUUAGGUACCGAGAUGAGAUCCUCAGACCCCUUGUGAGACCAUAUGCUGGUGCGGUUGGCCCUGGGUUCCUCCUAAUGCAAGACAAUGCUAGACCUCAUGUGGCUGGAGUGUGUCAGCAGUUCCUGCAAGAGGAAGGCAUUGAUGCUAUGGACUGGCCCGCCCGUUCCCCAGACCUGAAUCCAAUUGAGCACAUCUGGGACAUCAUGUCUCGCUCCAUCCACCAACGCCACGUUGCACCACAGACUGUCCAGGAGUUGGCGGAUGCUUUAGUCCAGGUCUGGGAGGAGAUCCCGCAGGAGACCAUCCGCCACCUCAUCAGGAGCAUGCCCAGGCGUUGUAGGGAGGUCAUACAGGCACGUGGAGGCCACACACACUACUGAGCCUCAUUUGAGUUUUAAGGACAUUACAUAAAAGUUCGAUCAGCCUGUAGUGUGGUUUUCCACUUUAAUUUUGAGGGUGACUCCAAAUCCAGACCUCCAUGGGUUGAUAAACUUGAUUUCCAUUGAUCAUUUUUGUGUGAUUUUGUUAUCAGCACAUUCAACUAUGUAAAGAAAAAAGUAUUUAAUAAGAUUAUUUCAGUCAUUCAGAUCUAGGAUGUGUUAUUUUAGUGUUCCCUUUAUUUUCUUGAGCAGUGUACUUAGUUUAAAAUACUGAAAACAAACUUAAACAUGCCAAUUACCAAAAACAGUUUAGUCCAAUUAAUUUAGCUAAAUAUCAUGUGGCUGUCCAUGGUACUUAUUUCUGUGUGUGCGCAAGUAAAAAUAUUUUUUUAGUUUUUGUCAUAGGCUACCUAGCUAAAAUGCUUGCUAGCCUAACUUCCUCGCAUGGGCAACAAUGGACCAGCUGAGUUAGCUAGCUAUACUGAACAUAAAUAUAAACGCAACAUGUAAUGUUGGUCCCAUGUUUCAUGCGCUGAAAUAAAAGAUCCCAGAAAUGUUCUCUACCAUAAGCUGCCUCCAAUGUCAUUUUAGAGAAUUUGGCAGUACGUCCAACCGGCCUCACAACCGCAGACCACGUGUAACCAUGCCAGCCCAGGACCUCUACAUCCGGCUUCUUAACCUGCGGGAUCGUCUGUGGGGGACCUAUGCCCUCCUAGACCCACCCAUGGCUGCGCCCAUGCCCAAUCGUAUGAAAUCCAUAAAUUAGGGCCUAAUGAAUUUAUUUCAAUUGACUGAUUUCCUUCUAUGAACUGUAACUCAGAAAAAUCUUUGAAUUUGUUGGGUUUAUAUUUUUGUUCAGUAUAGUUAACGUGAGCCUACUAGGCUACAUCUAGGCUACAUAUUGAACUUCAAUCUUCUCAGGUCAGUGGCGCAAUAUAUGAAUUUAUGGUUAGAUCAGAAUCGUUGUCAUAGUCAUUGGCCUGUACAGAGACCACAAGUCCAAAUCCUCAUCUCCAUCCAUGACUUAGAAAAGGGCUGAUUUAGCCAGCUAGAUACUGCAGGACAUCAACACAAGCAGACAUGUUUUUCUGUCCAUGAUGAUGUUUUGCUUAGGAUGUGAUUUGAUUGGUGUGAAGCCAAAUCCAAACUGGCCUCCCUUGGGGGUGAUUGGCUAAUUAUUUUAUUUAAAAAAUUAAUCAAGGGAGGACAAAUGCAACAGCGGCAACAUGUCAUACUCUUUUGUUCCAGACAUCAUCAGAUACAUGGGCUACACAUACUGAGACAUUUGCGAAUUGAUGGAAAAUUAUGGAAAGAUAAAUAUUUGUUAUAAUUGAAAAUGUUUUAUUGGUUAAAUAUUUGGGAAAGCCUGGCUUCCCUUGGCAACCAUGAAUACACACCACUGAGCCUUUCAGCUGACUGUGCAGAAGGGACAAUCGGCUGUAGACUGGCAUUGUGGUUUGGUGGAAUUUUUCCUGCACAUCUGUUUAGUUCCCCUGUCUCCCCACUAGAGUGCAGUGUUGUAUUAACGUGAGUUUGAGGUGAGCGCCCUUGGUGAACAAUUUGCUGUCACGCGAGGAAACAACACUCACAUGUGCUAGCAUUGUGUCCGCAUGAUAUUAUCUAUCCUAUAUUUUAUUACAGCAGCAUUUGCCAUUUUAGUAAUUGAAACUAUAGCAGACUUACCCCAUUUGCUUAAAAAUGGCCACCAUUGUUCCUGUACCCAAGAAAGCGAAGGGAACUGACCUAAAUGACUAUCCCCCCAUUGAUCUCACUUUUGUCAUCAUGAAGUGCUUUGAGAAGCUAGUUAAUGAUCAUAUCACCUCCACCUUACCUGACACCCUAGACCCACUACAAUUUGCACACCGCCCCAACAGAUCAACGGACGACACAAUCGCCAUUGCACUGCACACUGCGCUAUCCCACCUGAACAAGAGGAUGUAAGAAUGCUGUUCAUUGACUACAGCUCAGCCUUCAACACCAUAGUGCCCUCCAUCGCUAAGCUCAGGACCCUGGGUCUGAACCCUUCCCUGUGCAACUGGGUCCUAGACUUCCUGACGGGCCGACCCCAGGUGGUGAAGGUAGGCAACAACACCUCUGCCACGCUGAUUCUCAACCCGGAGGCCCCACAAGGGUGUGUGCUGAGCCCCUUCCUGUAAACCCAUGACUGCGUGGCCACGCACGUCUCCGACUAAAUCAUCAAGAUUUUCUGACGGCACAACUGUAAGUCGCUCUGGAUAAGAGCGUCUGCUAAAUGACUAAAAUGUAAAUGUAAACAGUGGUAGGCCUGAUUACCAACAACAACGAGACAGCAUACAGGGAGGACAUUAGAGCCCUGGUGGAGUGGUGCCAGGAAAAUAACCUCUCCUUCAACAUCAGCAAGACAAAGGAGCUGACCGUGGACUUCAGAAAAUGUAGGGCCGAGCACGCCCCCUUCACAUCGACGGUGCUGUAGUGGCGCGGGUCGAGCGCUUCAAGUUCCUCGGUGUCCACAUCCCUAAGGAUCUAUCAUGGUCCAAACACACCAACACAGUUGUGAAGAGGGCUCGACAAUGCCUCUUCCCCCUCAGGAGGCUGAAAAGAUUUGGCAUGGGCCCUCAGAUCCUCAAAAAGUUGUACAGCUGUACCAUUGAGAGCAUCUUGACUGGCUGCACACCGCUUGGUAUGGCAACUGCUUGGCAUCUGACCGCAAAGCGCUACAGAGGGUAGUGCUGACGGCCCAAUAAAUCACUGGGGACGAGCUCCCUGCCAUCCAAAACCUUGAUACCAGGCGGUGUCCGAGGAAAGUCAUAAAAAUGGUUGAAGACGCCAGUAACCCAAGUCAUAGACUAUUCUCUCUGCUACUGCACGGCAAGCGGUACCGAUGCACCAAGUCUGGAACCAACAGGACCCUGAACAGCUUCUACCCCCAAGACAUAAGACUGCUAAAUAAAAGGCCACUCUAAAAUGUGCAGUUUUGUCACACAACACAAUGCCACAGAUAUCUCAGGUUUUGAGGGAGUGCGCAAUUGGCAUGCUGACUGCAGGAAUGUCCACCAGAGCUUUUGUCAGAGAAUUGAAUGUUAAUUUCUCUACAAAAAGCCACGUGAUGUGUCAUGUGAUGUAACACUUCUCUUUUUCUCCUGUAUUUAUAGCCUCAGGAAGGAACCCCACUUUUGGGGAUGGGUUCUGUACAGGCGUUGGAAGGGAGUCCCAGGCCCAGACCCUGCAGAACGGUGAGUCAACAUUAGGGGUCACCACUUGCGUUCCUAAAGCAUGGGUGUGCAUGCAUCAUAAGAACUCAUUACACUUACAGCAGGCCUAAUCCUCAAUAAAUGUGGGUGCGCUAGGAUAUUAACCUUUGUUUUGAAUGCUGUCUUUCAUGAUGUCUUGAAAGUAAAGCAUUUUGCCUUAUACUAGACAAACUAAACUGAUACCAUCUGCUUUACAUGGUCCUCUUCCCCUGUUAAAGUGGCAUCUGUAUCGCCACCUUAUUUCAGAAGCACAACAAACUUGGUAGGGACAACCCAUUUCCUUUAAUGUCCAAUGAGAGAUUAACAGGGUGUGUCUACAGCAGAGCUUGGUUGGCAAAGGCAAACAUCCAUCGCAUGCUUGAAUGCCUCAGGAAAGGGCUAACGUCAUUCAUUUCCUUUGUCUGGUCGGACACAUUCAGUCAGUCUGUGUUGCCUAGUUUUGAUGAUUUCCUGUUUGUUUAGUCACGUUUAUUUGGAAGUUACUUUUACUCAGCCAUAACAUUUCUUGUACUCAGUUAUCUCCCAGUAACCUAAUGUGAGUAAUCGUCUGCUGCUCCCAUGGUACUGAUGAUCAAUACAGUGCUGGCUAACUGCUAAGCAGUAGAGUGUGUGUGGGGCUUGCAAACACAGCGCUGUCAGAGUGUGUGUGUAGAGGCGAGACAGACGUUAGUCAGACUUGGUGGACGAUGACUAAUAUGUGUGUAAGAGGAACAGAGAGACAUGGAUACAGCUGUGUGUGAGUUUGUAUGGGGUAAUAGGUCUGUCAUGCUGUGGGGAGAUUUAUAGUGUCUAUGGCACUCUGAGAGAAAGAGUGUGCUGUGAGGGAACUCUCUCCUCCAUAAACAUCCCAAGUGUCUGGCCAGGCCACCCUCUGCUCACCCACCCACCCACACUCUGAUUAAUGCCUGGAAUCAUUGGCACGCCCGUCCCCACCCCCGCCUUAACUCAUCACGUCUCCUCACAAUGUCCAACAGGGUGGUUAGAUUUUAUCCAGCUGUCACAAAUGUACCAGUUGAUAAUGCUGGUUGGGGUUUGGAAGAUGAAUAGACAAGGCUGUAUAGAAAUCAGGAUCUUUAGUUUGUCAGACAACUUGAGGAGGAGAGGGGAAUGAGGAGGGAGUGGUAUGAGUAAUGCUGGUGAUGUUCAGAUGCCCUAUAAUCUGAAGACAUCUGUUCAGCAAAGCAGGGGGGAUAUUUAAUCACUGUAAGAUGUUGCAUUACCUCAGCAGCAGUAGUUUGCCACACACAUCUCACGAGUACCUGUGUGUAUUCACUGGGACAUCUAAUUGUGUGUAAUGUCUGAGUGUUUUCAUGCAAAGUUCAUCAGGCGAUCAAAGGACACACUGAUCUCGAAACACCUGAACUGAACCUCAGGGUAAUUACAAUCUCUUUCAAUAGUGUGGGUCUUUGUCUACUCUGUUUAUUAUAUACCCUAAGUGCAUAUGAGGGUGCGUUUGAGUGUGUACGACUUCGACGUGUGUGUAAUAACAUGCCUGUGUUUGUCUCCAGGGAGACGUCAGAUCAACACAGUGGGCCACCAGUUGCAGCUGAACCAGCACUGCAUGGACACGGCAUUCAACUUCUACAAGAUGGCUGUGUGUAAACGCCUGACACGGGGCCGAAGGGUGACCCACGUGGUGGCUGCAUGCCUCUACCUGGUCUGCAGGACGGAAGGGACACCUCGUAUCCUUUCACACUGCAGAGAGCGGUGGGAGAGUAACAGAGGAAGGAGGGAAGGGGACAAUUUAAAAAAAGGGGAAUGGAGAAUGCAAAAUGUUUACGCUACAACCAAAUAGUUUUUACCAUAAUACACUACAUGAUCAAAAAUAUGUGGACACCUGCUCGUCGAACAUCACAUUCCAAAAUCAUGGGCAUUAAUAUGGAGUUGGUCUCCCCUUUGCUGGUAUAGCAGCCUCCACUCUUCUGGGAAGGCUUUCCACUAGAUGUUGGAACAUUGCUGUGGAGACUUGCUUCUAUUCAGCCACGAGCAUUAGUGAGGUCGAGCACUGAUGUUGGGCGAUUAGGCCUGGCUGGUAGUUGCCGUUCCAAUUCAUCACAAAGGUGUUCGAUGGGGUUGAGGUCAGGGCUCUGUGAGGCCAGUCAAGUUCUUCCACACCGAUCUCAACAAUCCAUUUCUGUAUGGACCUCGCUUUGUGCACAGGGGCAUUGUCAUGCUGAAACAGGAAAUGGCCUUCCCCAAACUGUUGCCACCAAGUUGGAAGCACAGAAUUGUCUAGAAUGUCAUUGUAUGCUGUUGCGUUAAUAUUUCCCUUCACUGGAACUAAGGGGCCUAGCCCGAACCAUGAAAAACAGCCCCAGACCAUUAUUCCUCCUCCACUAAACUUUACAGUUGGCACUAUGCAUUUGAGCAGGUAGCGUUCUCCUGGCAUCCGCCAAACCCAGAUUAAUCUGUCUGACUGCCAGAUGGUGAAGCGUGAUUCAUCACUCCAGAGAACACGUUUCCAUAGCUCCAGAGUCCAAUGGCGUCGAACUUUACGCUACUCCAGCCGACGCUUGACAUUACGCAUGGUGAUCUUAGGCUUGUGUGCGGCUGCUUGGCCAUGGAAACCCAUUUCAUGAAGCUCCCGACUAACAGUUAUUGUGCUGACAUUGCUUCCAGAGGCAGUUUGGAACUCGGUAGUGAGUGUUGCAACCGAGAACAGACAAUUUUUACGUGCUAUGUGCUUUAGCACUCAGUGGUCCCAUUUUGUGAGCUUGUGUGGCCUACCACUUAGCAGCUGAGCCGUUGUUGCUCCUAGACGUAACCACUUCACAAUAACAGCACUUACAGUUGACCGGGGCAGCUCUAGCAGGGCAGAAAUUUCACGAACUGACUUGUUGGCAAGGUGGCGUCCUAUGACGGUGCCACGUUGAAUGUCACUGAGCUCUUCAGUAAGGCCAUUCUUCUGCCAAUAUUUGUCUAUGGCGAUUGCAUGGAUGUGUGCUCAAUUUUAUACACCUGUCAGCAACAGGUGUGGCUGAAAUAGCCGAAUCCACUAAUUUGAAGGGGUGUCCACAUACGUUUGUGUAUAUACAGUGCAUUCAGACCCCUUCCCCUUUUCCACAUUUUGUUACGUUACAGCCUUAUUCCCCCCCAAAAAAUUUCUCCUGAUAUUGCUUUGUCAUUAUGGGGUGUUGUGUGUACAUUGAUAAAGGAAAAAAACAAUUGAAUCAAUUUUAGAAUAAGGCUGUAACGUAACAAAAUGUGGAAAAAGUAAAGGGGUCUGAAAACUUUCCGAAUGCGCUAGGUAGGGCUGACCCCAUUUAGUUGACUAGUCAACUGUUUGGUCGAUAGGCUGUCGGUCGACUGAGAUUUCUUUAGUCGAGCAGGAGCAAAAAAUAAUAAUACAAAAAUAAAUCUAUCUCAUGGUGUACAAGACAUCUGUCUGAUCCGUGCUGCGUGGACUGAACCAUUGUGGAGGCCGUGGGGAUGGAACAGUCCAUCAGUCUAAGAUGGGCUACUGAAAUUGUAUAUGGUUAUAUUACAUAAGAACAAUGGUGCAACACUAAUAAAAAUUAUAUUAUUUUAUAACAUGCGCUUUUUCCCUCGUUGGAUAGCGGUCGCUGUUCAUGGUUCUGAAACACCUCAGUGUGCUGUUGAAUUGGCGUCUAGACCAUGUUGCUAUGUGCAUAAUAGCAAAGUAAACCAGCUUAUUGGUGUUGAGAACAAUGCUGGAGGCAGCAGCAGAAUGAGGAGAUGGUGUGGUAUGGUUUAGAAACUUGGGAACCAAGCUCGAGUUAUCAGUGUGGCCCUAUCACCUGGACAUGUUGAAAUACUAUAUCUUCACACCUAGAAUAAAAACCUCCAGGCUUGUGUCAUAACUGUCAAUUUAUUGGGAAGAAAAUAAAGAAUUACAGGGGCAGUUUGGAAAAAAUGAAUCCCGUCCAAAUCAUCCUCUGGAAUAACUGACAUUCUGGAGUAGUAAUGACAUAACCAACGUUCUCUAGUAAUACUAGUCCCGUGCGAAUAGGUCUUAGGUCACGUGCAUGCGAUGCAUACAUGUGUCACGUAAAGAGAGCAAGGGUUGAGGGAAUAGGGAGUUUUUCCUAAACAAAUGAGGGAUUUCGUUAACAGAACCUUUCAGUCAGAAAUGGCUGUAAUUAUGUUGCAGCUUCAGCAACACGGACAGCGCGAUAAACGCUUUGGUGGUCGAUGCAGCAGGGAGGCGAGAGAGACAACGGGUGCUAGUCAGUCACUCGCUGUCUUUUUUUCUAACACAGCGCAGCAAGUCUGAGCCCGGCCCUGCACAAUCAAAUCAAUUGAAGGUCGGACUCACUAGUCAUUUGUGUCUUAAUUAUUUAAUCAAACUUAAAGCAUAAGACAAGCUCGGUGAAUAUAGUUGAUUUGAUUAAAACACAUAGGAUGUGUCAAUAUAUGGAAAGAUACACGUUUAAAAGUGUCAACCAAUCAAUUGGUCAAAAGAACAGACGACUCUUGAUCUACCAAUAUUUUUUUUAGUCGGGGACAGCCCUAGAAUGCACUGUACAGUGUAUAUGUAGCUGUAGCAUCAAUCUCCAGGAGUUGUAGUAGUUUUAGACAUGAAUUGUGUUAAUGCCUGGUUGCGUUUCGCUCAAUACCCCUUUCUGUACUGUCUUAAUGUUAAGCAGAUCAGCUUUUUAUAUCCCAUCAUUUUGCGGCUGUUGGUUUAUCGUGACGUGGGUAUGUAACAGCCAGUGGUUUCACAGGAAAGGCAGGGGACAGUUUUAUCUGCUAGAAGAAGAGGGUGGAGGGAGCAGAGCAAAGCCUUUCCCAUUACAUUGUUUACGUGAGUGGGUCGGUGGGUGAGGGUUGGAUAAAGUAAAAAUGCCUCCACUCCACUUCCUUUUCCACAACUGGGGAAAACAAUCUAGAAUUGUCACAGAGGACUGGCAUUAUGAGGAGAGAACAAGGAAACGAGGCAAACCUUGUUCAGUGUAUAGCAGCUGAAAUGGCAUGUAGCUCAGUGGAGGGACAUCUGGAUAUUUGCAAUGAUUGCUCAGGGGACCCUCAAUUAAAUGCUAGUUAGUUAAUACAUUUAAUGGGAUCAUUCUCACAGGUGCUAUUGUUGGGAAGGGCCAGGUUAUGGCCACAUCCAUGACCUUGAUGAAUGACAGCCAAGUAUUCACGUCAAAAUGAAACCUCCACACGUUUUACAGGCAGGGCUUGGAAGUAAGCUCCCUCCCUCCCCAUACUACUGAAAUGGCAAAACAGGAUGCUUGUAGCAACCAUUAUUAUCUCUUAGAAAAUCAGCUGCACAGAGGGACUUGUUUUUAUUAUUAUGAUGACUUGUCUGUAAUCUCAUCUCCAGACUGUGGGAUUAUUUUUUCCAUUUCAGUGGUGACCAUAAUCCCAUUGUGAGGCUUUUUAAAAAGGGUUGUCGCUAAUCCGCUUUGGCCGCCCGUGGACACAUGCACCUGUCACCACGGAGACUGAUGCAAGGGCUGUGUUGGUCGCCAGGAGACAGGUGUCUCCAGAGGCUGAUGAUUUGGGGGGGGGGGGGGGUUCAGAGGUCAAAGGGGGUGGCUGAUCCCCCAGAAGCUGUUGCUCAGUAGAAAUGCUGCUGGCCUGAGAUCACAUGACAUUUUCAGAUCACAUUCAAUUCAUGUACACUGUUGGCUGCAAAAGAAAUGAUUCUGAAAAUGUAUUUGAUAUUCUAACAUCUAAUGUAAUAUUGUAUUAAUGAAUGCUGGUUAGGAAGUGCGAAAUACUUUUUAUUGAAAAUAACAAUCACACUUGGCUGUACCAUUUGCGGAGAAAGGAAACCCAAAUGAUGCAAUUGUGUACAGUGUACUAUCCUGUGGUUUUAUUGAUUUAACCCACCCCUUUACAGACAUGCUGCUUGACCUCAGUGACCUCUUGCAGGUGAGUUUCCAAUGAGUAGGCCUACACUGUCAUUUUUCUCCAUCUUUCUUCAACUCUGUGAUCGAGUGUUUGCGCUUCGCGACAUUGACAUUUAUCCCUUUUUUCGAGAAAUAAAAAGCUCUUCUGAAUAUAAUUGAACAGUUGGAUACAUCAAGGAUGUUUUUUUGUUUUGUUUAAGUAUACAUGAUCCCAUGCCCACACUGGCCAUGAUAUAACAACCAACAAGAUGGAUGUUGGCCCAUGCAGUAUGUUGAGCUUUGUAACUAAAGCCAAGGACUGUAUAAAUAUAGGCAGACAUUGUUUAUGCGUAUAUAGUUAGGGUGGAGGGACAUUUCUCAGAGACACAGCUGGUCACUUUUAUUUUUAUGCUCCCAGCUGUCCUUGGGAGGGUCAGCUCUUCCACCCCCCGGUAUUUGAAGGGUAGGAGUGGAGUGGGGUCUGUCCAGUAUAGGAUCAGUGUGCUAUGGGUAGAUACUCACCCAAUCCCCAGUUUGUGGCGCCCCACCCAGGCCAGUGAUCACUGCCCCCCUCUCCCAUGGGAAGGCAUUGUGACCCACCUCCCAUCAAGCUUUGAUUAUCAGCUGUGUAGUGCUAGGGCAAAAAACUAAACAUGCACCCAGGGUGGGCUCCAGGACCUAGUUUGGGAAACACUGCCCUAAGGGAAUGAGAUGCUCGGAGAUCAUGGGCUAGAAACUAGAGCUUUAGUCUGGGCUUUCUAAAUAGUACGCCAACUUAGCAUUGAGUAACACUUACUAGACCAGAUUUGAUCAUGGGCUACUCGAAUGUUAUGUAACUGGAUCAUGUUAUGAGGACAUUGUGGACUUGACAGGUUGGGUGUCAGUGGAAGUUGCACUACCCUCCUGUAUUUCUGCUCUUCAUUCUCUUUUCCCUCAGGUAAAUGUUUACGUCCUGGGUAGAACCUUCCUGGUCCUGGCCAGAGAGCUCUGCAUCAAUGCCCCUGCCAUAGGUACCUACCGUCUCCCUGCAAUACUCCCUGUGUUGCUAUUGUUAACAAAGAACCAUACCGUUGAAUGA